AUGAACUGCAGCGAAAGCCAGCGGUUGAGCACUCUCCUGAGACGUCUGCUGCUAGAGCUGCACCACCAGGGCAACGCCAGCAGCCUGGGCGCAGGCCCCGGCCCGAGCAUGGGCAUGGGGGUGGUGCCCGACCCCUAUGUGGGCCGCGAGGUGACAAGCGCCAAGGCUGACGACUCUUAUAUCUACAUCCUGCUCAUCAUGAUCUUCUACGUCUGCGUGGCCGGGGGGAUCAUCCUGGUGUAUAACCGUUCUCGCAAGCUCGUGGACGACAAGAAUGAGGCGGCCCCAGCCUACGUGGAGCACGAGUGGUCCCUGGGAGGAGCCCUGGUGGAUGCCGAGAGAGCCGCUGCCUCUCCGGCCUCUGGCGGCCGCCAGCUCGCCCCUGGGGGGCUGCCUGCAUUCUCCCAGAGCAUGGAGGGGGUCUAGAAAUACAGCAACC